GCACCGUGUGUUCCACCGAGAACACAACAUGGCUAAUCACUUUUAUUAUUUUAUCACUGAAUCGAUCUUUUUAGCGUCAAGGGCGGCCGGAAUAUCUUUAUACGAUUCUCCAUUGCCUUCAUCUUUUUAAAAUGCGUCUUUUGUGCACACCUGUUUGAAACAUUGUGUGUGCAUCCUUUGGUUCAAACCUUGAAUGUUCACGCUUGUAUGGCAUUGUGGAAAUGCCACCUAUAUCUGCUGUCAAGUACAUAGGAAGCAUUCAUUCAUUAUCCGACCUACUAUGCACUGGAAUGUGUUUGCUGGUUGGAUCAAUUUCGUAUCUGAAACCACGGCGUUAUUCAAUUCAUAUCGAUCCAACGGCGAUAUUUGGGGAAAACUAACCUUCUACUUCACUCAAAUUCCUACUCCCGCGAACAUGGAUAGCAAUUCUUUGACAGAACAACCUGCUGAACAAAAACCUGAUAAGGAUAUGAAUCAGCUAGCCCAGCAAUUAAGAGCACGACUUCAGUACGCACGAUUCAAAGUACAAACAGGGAUGGCUAAUCAAAGCCUGGAACAGAUGGAAAAUACGGUCGAACGUCGAUUAUCCAAUCUUGAAUCGAUUAACAGUAACACGAGCGGCAAUAAACAAGGUAUUGAUCCAAUGGAUCAAGACGGAUUCCCGCCUACUCCUCCACGAACGCAACCUCGAAGUAGCCGCAGUGAACGAGAGGAAGAGGAACGAGCAGCUCGUAAUCUUAUGAUGAUUUCCUCUUCCCCCGGACGAGCGCCCUCACCACCGCCGUCUAAAAGUGAUACAAAACGGCAACGAGGACGUAAAAAGCAAAGUCAGAAACAACAGCAACAACAAGACAUAGCUACUACUCCUUCUUCCGCAAGCAGACAACAGCAACAAUUGACCAACGCCUAUUACAAUAGUCCUACGCUUCCGUCUUUCCAAGACGUCGUUGCACGUGUUCCGGACUAUGAUCGAAAAUCUCGUCAGUUUGCUGAAUCGAUGCAUUCGCCUCCAGUCGGAGCUCUACCUGUAGAUCCUGGUAGCAUAUCUACUAGAUUCCCUUAUUUUCCACCUGUCAAUUGGACUGGUGCAUUGUCGCCAGUCGAUAACUCGACUCAUCGUAGCAGGACCCCACCGUCGCCUGGUUACCGUUAUGCAAAGAGUAGGCAACGACAGCAAGAACAGCGGCAUUAAAAGAGUACAAAAUUUAUUGUGUUACAAAAAAGCGGGAAUAAAGUUUUUUUUGGAUUGCCUUUGAC